CCAGGCGAACUGAGCUGUCAAUGACGCAGCACCAACACAUUAAUUACUAAUACAAAAUUUGGGCUUCUCUCGUUUCCCCAUGAACAUACCCUGUCAACAAAACUACUUCGCACAGUUCCUUUUCUAUUCUUGUCUCACUUCUUCUGUGAACUGAAAACCUAAACAAACAUAAUUAAAACGAAAAGAGAAAAUAGGAAUAUAAAGAUCCGCAUCCAGUUGAAAUGCUCGAACCAGAACCACCGGCCACCGCCGUCAGUCUACCAUCAGAAACGCCGCCACCGCCGUCAUCCGACGAGGACUUUUUCUCGUCAGCAUCGGCGGCUUCAACGUCCUCCGCGUCAUCGCCUUUAACUCCAAUUCCUUCACCACAGCCUCAUCCGCAGAUACCCAUUUCAUGGCCCCAAGACGGGACCCUAACCCUAGCCUGGGUUACAAAUCUAAUGCUCGCAUUCGAUUGGGGAUCUAAGAAUCUUCCUCCGGCUGAGCUCCCAUCGGUGUUACCAGUAGAAGCUUUUGAUCGGCUCGUACUGACGGCGUCAAAGAUGCUGCAUAAAGAACCCAAUUGUGUACGUAUCGAUAGCGGGUCGGGUUUGGGUCCGGAAUCGAGGGUUGUGGUGGUAGGCGAUGUGCAUGGUCAGUUGCAUGACGUCAUGUUCUUGUUAAAAGAUGCGGGCUUUCCGUCAGAUGAUCGGUUCUUUGUGUUCAAUGGGGAUUAUGUUGAUAGAGGAGCUUGGGGUCUUGAGACCUUCCUUCUAUUGCUCGCUUGGAAGGUUUUUAUGCCCAGUAGGGUGUUUCUCCUUCGUGGAAAUCACGAGUCAAAAUAUUGUACCUCUGUGUAUGGUUUUGAAAAGGAAGUUUUAGCCAAGUAUACGGACAGAGGGAAACAUGUCUAUAGGAAGUGUUUAGGAUGCUUCGAAGGACUUCCUCUUGCCUCCAUUAUUGGUGACAAGGUCUAUACUGCACAUGGAGGUAUUUUCCGCAGCAUUCCUGUCACUCCAGCGAAAAGAGCUAAAGGGAAGAAGAAUCGCAAAAUAGUUUUGAAUCCUGAAGUAAGUGCUUUAUCUCUUGGUUCUUUGGAGGAGUUAUUAAAAGCCAGGAGAUCUGUCCUUGAUCCUCCUUGGGAAGGUGCAAAUUUGAUACCUGGUGAUGUCUUGUGGUCAGACCCAUCAAUGAAGCCCGGACUUUCCCCGAAUAAAGACAGAGGAAUUGGUCUCUUAUGGGGUCCAGAUUGUACGGAAGAGUUUUUGAAGACGUUGAACUUAAAGUUGAUUAUAAGGUCACAUGAAGGUCCAGAUGCAAGGGAAAAGCGACCUGGACUUGGAGGAAUGGAUGUGGGGUACACUAUAGAUCAUGUUGUCCCAUCCGGGAAACUGAUUACAGUAUUUAGUGCCCCAGACUAUCCACAGUUUCAGGCAACAGAGGAUAGAUACCGAAAUAAAGGAGCAUACAUUAUUUUGGAACCUCCUAAUUUUGACGUCCCUGUUUUCCGUAGUUUUGAAGCAGUUACUCCAAGACCAAAGGUAAAUCCGUACUAUGAUUUUGAAGAUGUCAUUGAUUCUGAUGAAGAACUAGACUUGGCAUCUAUGGCUACAUGAAAGUGGUUCCCUUGAUCAGUGUGGCGUUUGCAAAUCCUAUCUUAUUUGUACAAUAUUUGUACAUGUUUCUAUAUUGUUUUUGAGGUGAUAUGAGUAAAAUUACUGCUAAAGUAUUUAUUCCUCCAAAGCUGCCUUGCCCGAUAGAGAAAUAUGUAUCGUGGUUUUUUACUCGGAGCCCUAGUGGUACAACUCUUUUUGUAUCAACAUUUAUAUUGGUUGCUUCUAGUAUAACUAAUGUCUUUCAUGCUGCUUGUUUUUGCAACCAUGGAGGACUUUACGUACAUGUUAUGCUUU